CAAAACUGUGUGUCGGUCGGUUAGUUCCGUGUUUUGUUAAAAAAUUAAUGAAAAUGAUGGCUUUAGACGAAAUUUCUCAAUUUAAAAUAUGGGCAACAAAGCUUGGAUGUCCUUUGGAGAAAAUUCCGCCAGAUGAAACACUCAAAAAAUACAUUCGCGGUAAGGAAAGUUUACUCUUCCUGCAAAUUAUGAAAGAAAUUCGACCCCGUCAGGAAAUUUCAACGAUGCGGACCAAUGUGCUCGUAUCACAGUUGAAACACUGUCGGAAACUAGGCCAUGUUGUGGCAAAAUCAAAACUACAUCAAAUGCCUGAAGAACUGCAGCGGUUUGAAAAGAUUGAAAAGUUGAAAGCAAAAUGUUCCGAGACCAGAGGGCGAAUUAUGAGUUCAAUUAAUGGGCUGAAUGACGUUUCAGGAAAGAUCAAAGAGAAAAACAUUCAAAAGAUAAAUUUCCUCCGAAAACUUCGAGAAACUGAUGACAAACUUUGCUUUUAUAGAGCGGUGAACAAUUUUUUAGCAACUAUGUCUUCAAAAGAACUGGAAAUCAAAGAGACGAUUGAACAUUUAAUGCCUGUUAGAAUGAAGGACUCUAGUAAAACUAAACAAGAUGCUGCUAAUGCUAUUCAGCUUUGUUUGAAGAGUUUGAAUGAUUUCUACUCGAAAUAUUCUGAGCUCAAGCAAGAAGGUUGUAAACAUGCUCAACAACUUCUGUGGUCUAGCAUGAAAAUUAUUUUGAAAGAUAUUCCAAACUACUAUCUAUGGAGUAUUUUGAUGGAAAUGAAAGAGAAACAGCUUUCGGAGAUAUCCGAAGCAGAUCGGCAACAGAAUGAGAUUGAUAAGAAUACAACUUUAUCGGACCAGGAUAUGCUACAAGUGAACAUGGCGAAACUGUGUGGGUCUCAUAUUAACUUGUUCAUAGAUUUGGUUGCAAUGAAACAUUCCGUUCAAUCGCUCAGGGAGGAUUAUUUCGCCAAGUAUACGCCAUUUUCGCAGAUGCUGGAAACUAAAAUGAAUUUACUGAAUUUGAUGGACGACGAAGCAGAUGCAGUUCUUGAAGAUUACAUGCUUCAAUCAACAACGAAAGACUAUAAUCAAGGCCAGCUGGAACUGUUAAGUAAAGAGAUCGAAAGGAAAAAGCAAGAAAUUAAAAUACAAACUCAAAAGCUAGAAAACCAUGAGCAAUUACUUGCCCAGUUAAAGGAAAUUUACAAUGAAAUCGAUUCCUACUCCGAUGAAAUUCAGGAAGAAAUUCUGUUGCUCAAUCAAAUUAAAGAAAAGGUUACCUACUUUAAACGGUACAGCCGUUACACUGUGCACAAUAUGCGCCAAAAGAAUGCUAACCAGACGAUGAAUUUGAGUGAACAAUCUAUGAAUCUCACCAGGCUAGAAGGCAAAUCGAUCUCUUACAUACCGAUGUACUCUCCAGCUGUUCCACCGCCCUACAGAAAUGAACUUGUUCAAUUAUCCGAUAUGCCGUUAUCUAAAUUUACUCGUUCGUCUAAAAUUUCACACUUGUCCUUAAAUAUGCAUAUCUGUUUAUACUCUGGUAGCGAUUCCCGUUCUUUACUCUCCCUGCUACCGAGUUAUUUAGCACCAGCAGAAAUGUCUGUGCAAUCGGUCAAAGCACUAAUGCAAUUCGACGAAUCCCUGAGAUCGUUCACACAAGAUAUGAAGCCGGAGAUGGACAUAGUGGUUUUUGAUGAUCAACAUUAUCGUGAACUUUGGGCUGCAAACCACGAGAAAAUAUGUGAACAGUUAGAUGAAAUUGAAGCCGUUUCGUUUAAUACAAGGCAGGUGAUUCGAAAAAGUCGCAAUUACUAUAGUUUUGUGCUGGCUAAUGCAUUACGGAAAUAUGUUCCGCCAAAUAAACUAUUCAACGGACGUAACUAUCGGGAAUACGAGAAUGAAUAUAUGAUGUACUAUCGAAUGAUUAACGGUACAAUGGGCGAAAAGUGAUUGAUCGUUGUUUGUAGCAUUGCGAGAUUUGUAUUAUAAUGUCAAUUACGUAUUAACAGUCUAUUUAAUAAAUAAUAAUUCUA